UACGAUUAGCUGAACAUGGGACCAACAUGGCCGAUACUGCCAAAGUUGUCGAGGGGAAAAUAAAGUUUCGUGAGGGCAAAAAGUGGAAGUCCCGAUGGUGUGUUCUCAAGAAACCAUCCCCGGUUGCAGAUCGCCUUCAAGUGUCUUUGUUCAAAGAUGUUGUUGAGGUUUUGCGGCAGGAUGCAAAACCAAAAUCUGUGUUUGCCCUGGAGGGGUUUCUUGGUCUGGAUGCUGGUUUUAGGCACGACAGAGAAGCUCAUGUCAUGGCGAUCAUUUGCCAGAAGAAUGUGCAUCUCAUGGCCUUUGAAAUCAGGGAAAACAUGAUCCAGUUUGAGAUAAAGAUACGCCAAAGUUUAGGGGAAGAACACCAGUUUCCUGUGCGUGUGGUGAAAUCCCCAUCCAACAGUCGGCUUCCAAAGGAUAAUCUGAGACUUUUCAUUCAUGAUUCUCGGUUUUGCCUGCUUGCUUUUUCCCCUCCAAAAGUGUUUUUGUCUUGGAAUGUGGAAGACCUUCGUAGAUUUGGAGCAAGGGAUGGGAAAUUUUGCUAUGAAGGUGGAACACGAUGUGGCAAAGGUUCUGGAGUCUUUGCACUUGAAUCAGAACAAGCAGAGGAUAUUGCUGACAUCAUCAAUUUAGCAUCCACCGGAAAAAUGUCUAACUGUCAUCGCAAGUUCAAGAAUAGAAGAAGACUGUCAACAUCGUCCAGUGAGGGAGUCAUAGAUCAAAUUAACUGCACAAAGCUCACAAUCCCCAUCAGUUUUGUUCUGGGUGAGGCCAGCCCAUCUGGGGUCUCCAGUGAUAAUGCUCAGUUCCCACCGCCAACACCAUCUUCUCCUUGGCUGCAAUGCCACCAGUCUUUCUCUACAGUGGACACGUCCAUGGGAGUCUCCGAGUGUACCAGCCCGGCAAAGUCUGUGCUGCGACCUCGCUCGGGAACAGAGUACGUUGUGAUCAGCCGCAAGACUGUUCCCUCCGUCAGAAGUCGCCCCAGAAGCAUUGCUUCGCCCACUCGGAGACAAGUUUUCAGCUUUGACCUGAGCCCAAGCGAAGUUGUCAGCCACACCCGCUUGUCACAUCAUCGGCGCAGCAGCCCGCACUCCCCCCCAACCCACAGCGUUCACUCUCUGUCUCAUGGCUCCAGGUCUCCCUCUAGAACACCCCAGCCUUCCCCCAGUCAGUCGAGCACUGCAGACACUACCCAGUCCAACAUGAGCCUGCAUGGUGGUGACAUGUGGGAGAGGGAGCCCUUCCGAUGUGCUCUCCUGCGUCGUGGCGUGUCUCUUGACAGGCCUGCCCCAGCCUCUCCGUCUCCUGCUUCUUCACCUUGCCCAGUAUUGUCUCACUCCUCGAUCUCAUCUGCUCACUCGAAGGAGACCCACAAAAAGUCUACCCUUGGCAGCCCGUUGAUGGAAGAAAAUGUUUUCUUUCCCAUUGACCUGUCAUUCAGUGCCUCCUCCCCUCCCUCAUCAUGCUCACCGUCCCCACUUCCGUCAAGGCAGACUCCUAGUGUUCAUGAAGUAUAUCCAACAUAUGUAAAUCAAGAGUUCAUCAUGUCACUUGUGAAUUCUUCGACUAAUGGAAAUAGUCGGACUGUCAGCUCAAGCAGUAGUCAAUCUAGUGCCACACCUCUUCGUGCUGGAAUGCAAUCCCUUAUGUCGUUAUUUUCUAGAGAAUCUUCAAGACAUUCACCCUCGGAAUCAAAUAGCCUAGGUCGAAGCAAGAGAAGUCGAUCAAGACAUUCAGAAUCAGACGCUAACCGCCCAGAAAAGCAUAGCUUGAGUCUUUCAUCCAACAAAAGCUCUCACAGUUCCACUUUGCCAUUGACCACUCAGUACCCUCGCCCUAAAUCAGGGGAAAAGGCAGAGAAACCUUUGUCUCCUUUAUCUCUGCCUCCAGAGGACUAUUUGUCAAAUUACCAGUGUAAAGUUCAUCAAAAGGAGUAUGAUAAAUUUGCUCAUUCAAGUAUCAUUUCAAGAAGACGUGCUCAAACAAAGAACAAUUCUAGUAAUCAUAGUCAAUCUAGAAGUGGUGAUAACAUAGCUUGUGGUUUGUCAAAUGAUGGCUCUGUUGUUGCUGCUUCCCUUUUAGUUACCCCCAUCAAAUCUAGUGGAUACAAAAAUAUUGAUUCCUUCAACUUCGCUGCCGCAAUGGCGUCUUCGCAACAUCUAUCCGGCACAGGCGUUGGCGUGGCUGUAGAUACAGAAUCUCAUUCCCUGCCUGUAGAGGUUGGUUCACAAGAAAGAAGCCUCGCCUCGACAGAAAGAAGUUUAUCAAAGCACAGAGCUUUGAACAUGGACAGUAGUCCUGGCGCUGAGCCCAGGGGUGUGUCUCCUGUAUCUUCUACAGCCCACCCUCAGCCUCCUCUACUCGGACGUCGUCUGCCAUCGUCACCCAUGUCAUCGUCACCACCACUCUCUCCCAACCUGACUCUCUCAGACACUUCAGAUUCUCCACCUUCAUAUUACGCACCGUCUCCUCCUUCCACACCUCCUCCACCCCCUCUUCCAGCAAGGAAGCCUGUCUUGCCUUUGCCAUCGCCCGCACCUCCUUCUACCCCAUCUGAACCAGAACUGGGUUCCGACUAUUCGGACACUGAAGCCGAGUUGAAUUACAUCGAGGUUGACAUGACGAAAUCUCCACAGGAGCGCCGUCCGCAGCCUUGUCCAAUCGCCUACACCCGGAGAAGUAAGCGUGUCAAAACCAAGAGGGAGGAGGAGCUGCGUUAUGCUGUGAUUGACUUGCGUGCCACACAGGCUCUGCAGCAAACCCGCCAGGAACAUGUGCACGCCAGGGACAGUGGAGUGAGGAAACCCUCCAUUUCUCUCAGCAGAAUCAACUCGGCUCCUGCCUCCUCAAAGAGAAAACCACUGUCACUUGUUCCGAGAGAAAGGAAGCUCAGUUCAGGGUCGGUGGAUUCCUGCUAAUGGAGGGCGUUGUACAUCAUAAACCUGUGGUUUUCAAUUGUGAAUUCUUAAAGUGACGGAUAGAACCAUAAGCUUUUGUAUUUUAAGAAUGAUUUUGUGUAGUCAAUUGGGAGUGCUUAAAUUUUCUCCACUGGCUUAAUGAGAAAAGCAGAUGGAAUUCAUAUUUAUUUUUAUGAUUUCUGAGUUUAUCCUGAAGAUGUCCUCUUUUGUGCUUACUUUGAUAAGUAUUAGUAUGGCCUGUUUGUGAGCAGAAGUUUGUUAUUGAAUAAUUCGAUAGAUCAAAUUCAGUGGAAUUUGAAGUGAGGAUUUGUUUAAAGGUAGGCCUUAUUUGUUUUCCAUAAGAUUACAGUUGUGUAGAACAAGAUUUAAAGUAUGGUCUAUCAUAUUUCUAGGGUAAAAAAUCUAGUUAUAACACUAAGUUCCUUUUUUCUUGGGAAUCUUUUUAAGUUCUUCUGUGACGAUAGUUAUUAUAAUUUUUAUAUUAUUUUAAAGUGACAAUAUUUAUGAGCUGUUUGAAAGGAGAACAAAUACUUAAAUUUUGUAAAGGCUUUUCAAGUUGCUCUUUCCUUCAAUCUGGAAAUAUGUCUUCUUUUUUUUUUUUUGUACUCGGUUAUCAUCCUCAUACUGCUGACAUCAGAGCCAACAGACUAUUGAAACAAUGUAACGGCAAUUUUAAUUUUUUAGAAAGAAAGUAAGAAAUUUGGUACACCCACCCAAGGAAAAUUAAGUUGUUUCCUAUUAAUUCUGUUUUUCCUGUAGCGCUUUACAACUACUUAUUGACUAUUGGGAGAUUGAAGGAGCAUAUUUUUUCAAAAUGGCCUCACAUAAAAGGAUUUAAAAAGUGUUUUCAACAAUACAUGAUGCUACUUAGUAUAAUUUUGUGGACUUUUGUGUGAAGUUGAUAUUGAUUAUGAUAGUUAUUCUGCUCAUCCUGCUUUUAUAUGAAUGACUUUAUAUUCUUGCAUUUUUGUCUUCAAAGGCCCUUUGUCAUCGCAUUAGGUAUCUUGUUCGAUCUUUAUUGUUAAGUGCCUUUUGUCCAAAGCUUUGGAUGUUUUUGGCUUCCUCUUCACCAAACUGCUGAAUGUUUGAUUUUUAUUUUUAGAAUAUGCAUGCUCACAUUAUUGAUAAUGAUCCAAAGAAAGCUAGUUGGCUCAAUUGUUUGUUUCCUAGAAUUGCCAUGGCCAAGAACAAUUAUUUGGAGGAAGGGAGGUUUCAAAAGGUUUGUGACGGUCCAGGCUACAUGUUACUUAAGGCAGAAAAUUUAUUAGAACAAUGACAUUUAAAGCUACAUGAUGCUUGCAUUACAAUUUUCACAGUUUCUGUAACCUAGGGAUUACAGGUUUCAACAUAAGUUAAGGACCACUUGCAAACACUCUGAGUGGUGUUCUUGGGUCGACAUGCACGUGGGCGUUCUUGGACUGGUCCAGUGGCUUGAUGGCGCUUCCUCAGGGGGACAAUGACAAAGUGUGACACUGCAAGCCUUCUGGCAACUUCUCGGUGGGCUCCAACUCCAUUCUGCAGCCAUGCCAUAGCUCUGGCACGAUCAAAGUCCCUCAGCUUUCGUCUCGGUGGUAUAUGAUUUGAUACUGGAUUUUGCUCAAACGGCGGCUUAUAUAUUGCCACCAAAGUGAGCACAGUUCGAGACCGUGCAUCUGUUAUGACGUGCACUAGAAAUUUUAACUGAGGAAUGUCCGUGGUUUCGCACACAAGUCGAUAAAAAACUGCAAAUGUGGUUAAAAUUCCCUGAGGAUUCCAUGCUGCCUGUAGUGGUUUUGCCCCUUUAGGAAGCUUUAGAUUAAAGUACGCAUUGGUAACCCAUUAACACUUUCAGAGAAAAAAAUUGUGAAACAUUCCUUGCUGUCUUUUUUUUUUUUUUCGGAUUAAAAAAAAUCAGGGCUGUCUGUCAAAGUGGUCCUUGACUUAUGUUGAAGUGUGUAGUAUUUUGAUUGACUGUAGUUUUUAGAAUGAUACUGAAACAGUUUUGAAAUAGCAGUGGAAUUAUAAAUUCAUGGCGCUGGCUCAUUGGCCUACUGAAGCUUGAGGGAUGUUCAAAGCUAUGACUUGAAAAGGAGAAAAAGUAUCCCUGUAUCGUGAUGUUGCUCAUUUUCAAAUGGGGAUAAAAAAAGAUUUGAAUAUUUUUUUUUUGGGGGGGGGGGGGGGGGGGCAUGUGGAGUGGAGAGUAUGCCCUCUGCCUCAGUGAUGCCUCAUGUUCCUGAAGCAGAAGCCUGUGACUUUUGACUGAUACACAGUAGUGUUGUCACAUCAGUAUUAUCUUGUUAUUUGUCAUUCAACAUAAAUAACAUGUAUGUUUAGGGAAAAGUGUAUAUGUAUGUAUAUUAUUAUAUACCUUGUGUUGUGAUGAUGAUGAUGGAAUUACUUUGUUUAUGUCCACAAUGAAGCUGCUGAGAACCUGAAAGGAAACUUAUAUUUUAUGACACAUGUUAAAUCUGUUGUGCCUUGUUAUUUUUAUUCUAUUUUACCUCUAUCUACGUGUUGUGGCCAUAUGGGGAGAGCUCUUUCUCCUUGUUUCUUCCAAUCCCAAACACAAACUCAUCUACACACGAACUCACAAAAACAUUUUCUAUAUUGUAAGAUUUUUGUCUUGUGAUCUUUGAUGUGCUUUUAAAAAGAUUUUUUAAGGAAUUUGUAAAGUGAUUUCAAAGACUGUUUUUUGCAUUUUUGUCUUCAAAGGCCCUUCGUUAUUGCAUAGCGUGUUAUUAGGUUAGUAGAAUGCUGAUGCUUUCCCCUGUAGGUUGUUUGUAGGAUUUAAUGAAGGAGUUGGCAAUCAUGAAACGAGCUCAAUCUUAAACUCUGCUAUUUUUGUUUAAAUUAGACCUUAAAUGAGUUGAUCUAUAGCACAGUUUCUUGGUAAUGCCUUAAGAUUUUUCUUAAUUUACUCAAAAGGCCAAUACAACAUCUUUUUUAUGAACGUUGCAACAUUUUGACUAAAUCAAAGCAUAUUGAAGAAAGACUGGAAAAUUCUUUUCCUCGCCUGAGCACUCACCCAUUCUUUACAUUCUUUUUGGUCGUUUUGUUUUUCAUAAUAUUCACAUGAACGCUUUUCUUUUCGGCCAUCUUACGAUGUGUUUGGGUUGAACCAAUGCAUAAUUGUGAAUAUUACGUGCAUGUGCUAUGAAAUUAGGUUUCAAAAGUCUUCUCCUGUCUCUUUAGCUUGGUUCUUAAUUUUUUCCUUGCCACUGUUUCCAUAAGUUUUGUCUUCCUAUUUUAUAAGUGUGGCACUAAUUCCCAAGCUUUCUUUGAAAAGAAGGCUCCAAUUCAAUAUUGAAUACGAUAGUGGUAACUUGUAUCGGAAUACCGUUGCUGACUGACUGUCAAAUAAGGAACAAUUGUAACAAGUGCCGUUUCCUUUGUUCAUAGAAUGAGCGUGUAGUGUGCGUAUACGCAUAAACAUGUAUUUGCAUGGGACUCUGCAAGUACAAGAACCACUUUUAUUUAUGAAAAGAAGUUAAUAAAAGUGCACUGUGUCGUUCUUCCAACAGCUUUCCAUAAGUCUGUUUACAGCUUACGUUAUAGUCCUGUAUUCUCCGACUCUUGACAAUGUCUUGUUCUGGAUCAAUCUGAUCACCCAUGUUCAAGGAUUUCGUCGCUGUCAAGAGGGGGGGAGGAAGGGAAUUCAGCUCAAUUCACGCAAACAAAUUACUGUUUGGCUCCCGCUUCCCAUGGAAGAGAUGUUAAAUUGGUUUUGCUGUGAAGAAGACAUUUUGUAGAGCAACGGGAUCUUUUAACUGGGAUGUAGCAUCCUUCACAGCCCUGAUUGAAUCUAGAAUCUAAUAGAUCUAGUGUGCUUAUUGAAGCAUAUUUAUGGCAACUAGUAAGUUAUCAAAUAUAGGUGCCUAACACUAAUACUGUACGGUUUGUGAAUUCUUGCAUUUUCAAUGGGCGAAUUAGUAGCAGUGUGUUGUACAUGAUUCAGUUGUUCUUUAGAGUUCUAAGGCAAUCCCUUUGUGGCCUUAUACUUAUAUAUUUUGCAGUUCUUUUGUAUGCAAUAUAAUGAAGGUUGUGCUGAAUUUUAGGGGAAAUUUUACAUAGAGGCAGAAUCUACCCUCCUUGUGGUUACAUUAUAUAUAUGCUUUUGCUCUUGAAUCUUCUUCUUUUGAAGACCAUGGAUGUUCCUUGAAUGCAGCAUUCAUUUUGACUGUUGGUAGUAUGUAUCACACUUUAGUUUUAUUAUUUUUCAAGUUAAGACUUGUAUUUGUAGAAGUUUUCUAUAAAUACAACAUUCAAUUUUCACAAGUGAUGUAAUGGAUGGUGAUUUGCAUUUGUGUUUUAAUGUGGACAUAUAUAUAUAAUGGAAUUGGGCAACAGGAGUCUAUUCAGUUGAAAUGGCAGUGCAUUCCUUCGUAAUGAUUUUAAUGUAGUAUGCAGAAUGUGGAGAUUAGAAAUACUGCGGUGUCCACUUAACAGCAAUACAGAUUAGAGCAACAUCCACCUAACAGCAACCUCAGCUUGUGUAAUGGAAUUAAUUUUCCUUUAAAAGUAACAGUCUUACAAGUAAUUGUCUGACAAAAAAUUUUCCCACCCUCUCGCCAAGAGCCACCGUCCUUCAAGAGUCUCCCAACUGGGGUGUGUGUGUUUAUAAGGGGGGGGGGGGGGGGGAGGGAUCUGGGCCACUCGUAUUAUGCUUACAAUAUCAAAACAGCCUUGCAGUUGGGCAUCAGCUAACUUUAAAAGAGAAGCUGUGAUCAGACCUUGGCACUGAUGCUGCCAAUAAUCUAGCCCCGCGGAAAAUUGCGUUUUUUAAAAUGAAAAAUUGCAAAAAAUUGCAACCUUCCCAUCCCGGACGCAUUAUCAUUAAUAUGGGCUUAACAUUUUUAGUUUAAAAAACAUGACAAUUUGAGUACCAAAAGCAGAACAGCCUUUUAAAAAAUCAUGACACACAAUAGGCAUACAAAUUUUAUUAGCAGCAUUUACUAGUAACUACACACGAGUACGUACAAUAAAGUUAUCAACCAAAUUUAACAUAAUACCGUGUGACAUAAAAUAACAGAACCCUCGGUUUUUGUAAUAACCUUUAAAUGAAGGCAUAAAAUUUGACAGAAUUUAGUACAUACCGGGUACUUGUUUCAUGCAAAGAUCUAGAAGUGUAUGAAGUUUCAUGAGGUGUAGUCUAUAAAAACAAAAAAUUUUGACGUGAGAUUUUCAAAACAACCUUUAGAAAUACAAAAUAAACGUAUGCUCCAAUCAAUUCAGAUCCUGUUCUAUUUUUCUCUUGAAACCUUCGAUACACCGGUAAUCUGUUUUUAGAUCUAUUUCAGAUAUUUUCUGCUUUAGAACCUGUGUAUGGUAUUGUUUUAACACUAAGUCCAAUCGUAAAAUACAGCAAAAAACAUGUUUUUUCCAUAAACAAGAGUAAUAAUAACAAUGUAGAUCGUUUCUAUAGUGCCCACUCGUGUGUGAACGCAGCUUAAGGCGUUUGACAUAACGGAGUGUCUUCGCACGCAGUAACCGGCAACCGGGCAUGUAGUCUCAAUGUCACGUACACAGUAACCGGGCUGUUCAGAACUCCCAAGUUCCGUUUUUGUCACCCGGUGUUGCCUUCAACCCCAGCCCUCUCCUGACUGUACCUUUGAAAGAAUCAAUAAUCCCCCCAUUCCGGAGCCCUAUACUUCGCAGCGCACAAACUUUGAAUGAACUUUGGUGAUCCCAACCGGUACUCACAAUGUGAUGCAAAAGCACAGGUUCACUGACUGGUCAUGAUGACGAGCCUGACAAGACUGACAAGACGUUUGUAUGACUUUUUUUUUUCAACAAAUGACAGCACAGGACAAAUAUUGAUUUAUUUUCAUUCCGGUUAGGUACCGUGUAGGUAUAAUGGAUACUGAGACUAGGUGCCUGGUUACCGUGUAUGUAGACACUCCAUUUACAUAAAUGCAUCAUGUACGAACAAUAUUCACGCGCGCGCACACACACACUCACGCACACCUUACACGCACACCACACACACGCACACACCUACUUGCUUAUCACACGCGCACGCUUACACACAUUAGAUCUUUGUCUCAGUUUGUGUUGUACGUGAUGUAUUCCGGUCUGAAUUUCCGGUUAUAGCUUUUAGAGUACGCCCAGUAGGCUAGAGCUUGGGCGAUAUGUACCAUGAUUUACGCAGACCUAUCGGCUCUGUACUCGCACCAUGUCAUAUUUAAAAUUUGGUUAAAAUUAAAGCGUUGAUGUAUUUUUGCAGAAAAUUGCAAGACAAUUGUGAAAAUUGCGGGUUUAUUGCAAAACUCAAUGAAAAACGCGGCCGCAACGCGAUUUCCUGGGGGGCCGGAACAAUGUUCUCACCCUCUGACGUAACAGCAUCACCACAUACUGCUCGUAUUGGGUGUUUUGCUUGUGUGUGUGUGUUUGUCUAUUGGUGAGAGAGAGAGAGUGAGAAAGGAGGUGGGUGGUUGGCGGGUGCUCUGGUGUGGUUUGCCUCUUCUUUCCCAUCGAACGUCUAUCGUCCUUAUUUCCCCUUCUUUUUUUUAUGUUUGUUACUCUCUUGUAACACCUCUAUUCUUCUGGCGCUCAUAUGACCUUAUGCAGUUGCGAGCGCCGUAAAACCUCUACUAAAACUAAAACUACUGAGAAAGGAGGGUAACAUUUCUUUCUAGCAGUUUAGUUUCUAUCCCCCUACUCCCAAAAAUUCAAUUAGCAGCAACAAACGCCGAACAGCAACAAAGGCUUGCUUCCCAGGGGUGUUGCUGUUAAGCGGAUACCACUGCAUCUUGUUUUUUAAAAAUUUAGUUUUGCUCUUAUAUCGGCCUCUAGGGUAGAAGUUUUUUAAAAAGUUGUCCACGGGUCUAAAAUAGUAGUGGAACCUCUUUACGAAAUUCUUUUUAUUGCUUGUUAUUAUUAGCAGACUGGAAUCAGAGAGGUAUACUCUUUCUACAAUCACCAUUCCUUUGACAAUGUGGCAGUUUUUAAUGUGUUUUCAUUCACACUCAGUCAAAAUAUAAUUCUUUUUAGAAAUUGGACAGUCAACAAUUUUGUAAUUAGAUCAGUUUUAAGUUUUAGAUUUUCUCAAUCUUUCAUGGUUUAUUGCUAGUCUGUGAGUACAAGUAAUUUAGGUGUGAGGUUGUGAAUAUAAUCACUUAAUAAUGUGUACGAGAUUUAAGCUUUUUAAAAAAUUUCCCAAAGCUUUGUUCCUCCAUGUGAUGGGAUGGAAUUAUUUCUCUCGUGUUACCGUAGACUUUUAUAGUUUAAAAGUAAAACAAUGAAGUAGAUUGAUGUAACUGGUAAUGUUUAUUGUUUUUCAUGUAAAUGCCUUUGAAUACUUUGGGGAAAUUAUGGUUUUGGAACUGUCACAAUAAUUUCAGACCUGAUUUAUUAUUUUUUUGUUAAUUAAUGCACACACUCACACAAGAACAUGUCUCACAGAACAUAUUUAUGUAUCACUGGAGCUUUUUAUUUAUUUUUUGCAGUACUUAUUAAAUCAUUGUGAACUUUCUGUGUGUGCCUCUGGCUCUUUUUUUUUGUAUGAAAUGGGAACAAAUCACUCGGAUCAAAUUUUGGCAUCUGUUAUGUAAUACCUUUAUUGUGUUUUAGUUGUCCUUUUUUUCACUCUGUGACUUUUAUUAUUCUAUGUUUGUGGUAAAUGUAAUUAUGCUAAUUAUUUUUAUUGCAUGCCUUGACUUAAAACAUGAUUUUAUCAAUACUUUUAUAUGUAUUUUAUUCACCAAAUAUAACUUUAAUGCACUUUUUAGUCGCAUGAUAAAAUAUUUCAGCCAAGACUUGUUCCCAAUAAAUGUAAUGUACUUUUAUUAUUCUUUGGAAUUUUAAGUCUCAAAGAUGUUGUGAAUAUAGUUGUUUGAGUAUUUUUUGUACCAUAUUUAUUUUCUAUUUAUCUUUGGUGCUUUUCUUAGUUAGUUAGUACUUAAAAUAUGGUUUUAGUUAAAUGUCUGAGACCUCAAAGUUUUUGUUGGUUGCUAGAGCAGCACAGUCACAGAGGAAAAUUUUUUUUUCUAUCACACGUGAUUAAAUGUCUCCUUUGGAAAUUUCAAUUAUUUUUUAAAACUAGUAAAUGUUCCAACAGAUUAAAGAGGAAAAGUAGUCAUAUUUGGGAACGGAUAUAGACAUUCUCCCAUACUAAACCUUAUUGUUUGAUAGACAUGGAAGUAGCAUUUUUCCUAUAAUCUGUGUAACUCAUUCCCAGGUCCCAUUGGUGGAAAGUAACCUUUUGAGAACAAUAUUGGUCUGUAUAUAAAUAUAAUAGCUUUGGGUACAGACUUGAUACUUACUUUAUGCAGUGUGGCAAUUUAUUAGUUAUAAUUUCAUCCACGAAAACGCGAAUCUACAAUUUUCCGUCAUUUUUUCAGUUAAAGAAUUAAAAUGCUGUCUUUAGUUAGAUUCCAAUGCCCCAUGCAUGUGUGUAGAUCUGUAUGUAUUGUAAGGUGCUCAGUUCCUGUGCUCAUUGAAGAGUGAAUUUAUUGUACCUUUUACCAUUACAUUACUUAGUUUGAAAGGAAAAAUAAAAGGAUUGUGGGAAGUGAGGUCUGCAUGGGGUUUUUGCAUUAUAAAUGCAUGACUCUUCCAAAUCCAUAUGCAGCACAUUUGGGAAAAGGAAAACCUGUUCGGAAGAUCUUAUCCAACAAUUGGAAUAUGUCUGUGUCCAUUGUGAGAAAGUUCCCUCCCCCCAUCCCUUCAUCUCUCUUUGUUUUCUUCCAUUGUGUGGACUUUAAGUAAGAUGCCUGUAUUGUUCAUCAAGAGACAGUUUGUACAAAAGUAAAUUCCCGUGUCCCAUCUUUUGUAAAAUUAUGACAAGAAAUAUUUGCAACCCCAUUGGGAUAAAUUGGGUGGUGUUUGGUGAGAAGUCUAUAUCUGUGACUGAGAUCUUUGCCUUUGAGAGAUAAAGUGUACGUGAUUUUUGUCUUGGAGAGAGAAAUAUUUUCAGUUAAUAUAUGAUUUACGCGAUGCAUAGAUUAAUGUAAAACAUGAAAGUAAAUUAUGACUUCACACCUACGGGGUCAUAGACAAGAAUACUUGCUUGGGAGGCCCGACUGCUUUCCCAGGAGCGCAGACAAGUAUAAUCGUGAGCGAAAUGACCUAGAUCUAAACAAAUGCCUGUCGAUGUUUCCCCAAAUAUAUUAAUGUUUUCAUUGAUACAUGGAUUAGUUCUUCCGUUUUGAUAUUUUCCUUCCAGAUUUCUGUCAGUUAAAUAUGGAAAAUGAUAAAGUGAGUUUCAAAAGGUAUUUCACAGAGUCUGAGGGGAUCGACGAAAUUUCUAGGGACCCAGACAAUGUUGACUUGGACAAUGGCGACUUGGACAAUGGCCUUGAUUGUUUAAAUCGGGAGUCUUCAGAUCAAGAACAAAGUGGUGAAAAAUGAUUGAGGAACAAUUUACAUUGUAAGUAGAUCAAGAUCCACGAUUUAAUCUUUUAUCCCUGUUAGGAACCGACUGUUUACAAUAUAUAUGAAAGCUUACUAUUUCAUAAUUAAUCACACCUAAAUGACUCAAACCAAAAUAGUUUUUUUCAACGAAUUUAUAGCAAAGGUAAACAUAUUCUAAACAUUUUGGUGAAUUUUCAUAUCUAUAACUUCACUAGAAGCAGAGUUAUUGAUAUUAAAGUAACUCAUAUCUCGCAUAGUCAGAAAGCAGGUGGCAGCUCUGAUCCUGGGGAAGUGAAAGUCAAGUGUGAGGUGUAGGUGUUAACGAAAGUUUUCUUUCUCCGGUAUGUAAGCGGACUGGGAAUAAGAAUUAAACUUAGCUUUUCCAUCCAUGGAAAUAAAAGUAGCUUUUGAAAGAUGAAUUGACACACAAUACCUUUGCUUGAGUUUCAUUUUACUUCUUUGCUUCACUUCCUGAGUACUGGUGUUUCUGUUAUCUGUCUUUUAUGGUAGCUGUGCUGAAAGUUCUCAUUGGCCUUCUUCUUGAGUGCCAAAAAGACCCAAUGUGUACUUUUCAAGUGCAAUAAUGUACAUGUCUGAUAUUUAUUUUUAGAAACAAAAUGAUAUAAAUAUAAUUUUGUCUACUUUUGCUGCUUUAAUCAACACUAUGCAACAAGAGUUGUUAAGUUCCCUCCCUGUGAAAAGCAUUGCUCAAUUGUUCUCCUAAGUCCAAAAUUUUGUCUGCUUUGAACACACCAUGUAUUUUUUCACAGUGGAACCAUGAAGGUUGUGAACGGUUCCUGGAAACAGGUUUCACAAAUCCAUACAUUUCAUCAGUUGAUGUACUUUUUAUGUGCUUGUACUUGUACUGGCAAAAGGAAUAAUUUUAAAAAAGAGAUAUUCAUUUUUCCCCAAGGGAGUGCCUUUGAACACCAGCUUAGAAAAUUAUUUUAGCUUAAAACAAAAUCUCUGUAUGCUUUAUCUUCAGUUCAUUUCAAUUCUGUCAAGCUUUGACCAUUGAUUUCAAUACAUGUGCCUCAAUUUGUUGACCAGACUCUGUUUUAUUUUCUUGCUUUGUUUUCAGUUGACCUCGCAUGAGUUGAUCAUAUUCUAUUCUCUGUAUUAUAUUUUAAUGUUGCAUAAAGGAAAUCAUCCAUGUACCAAUAAAAUUUUCAUGUGCAAUACACAUUCAAGAACAAAAGGAAA